CGCCGUCUUCAUUCCCUUUUCAUUCAAGAUGGCGGGUGACGAGUCUGGUACAACGCUUGGUCAGCCUCAUCUGGCCCGACAAGACCUCAGUACUCUCGAUGUGUCGACUUUGACGCCUCUCUCUCAGGAGAUCAUCAGCAGACAGGCCACCAUAAAUAUCGGCACCAUCGGUCAUGUGGCCCACGGAAAGUCCACAGUAGUGAAGGCCAUCUCUGGUGUUCACACUGUCAGGUUCAAGAACGAGCUGGAGAGGAACAUCACCAUCAAGCUCGGAUAUGCUAACGCUAAGGUGUAUAAGCUGGACGACCCCAGCUGUCCCAGGCCAGAGUGCUACAGGUCGUGUGGCAGCAGCACUCCAGACGAGUUCCCCACAGACAUCCCCGGCACCAAGGGCAACUUCAAACUGGUCAGACACGUGUCCUUCGUGGACUGUCCCGGUCACGACAUCUUGAUGGCCACCAUGUUGAACGGAGCUGCUGUCAUGGAUGCAGCCCUCCUGCUUAUCGCGGGUAACGAGUCGUGUCCUCAGCCCCAGACGUCAGAGCACCUGGCAGCUAUAGAGAUCAUGAAGCUGAAGCACAUCCUCAUCCUGCAGAACAAGAUCGACCUGGUGAAGGAGAGCCAGGCCAAAGAGCAGUACGAGCAGAUCCUCGCCUUCGUACAGGGCACGGUGGCAGAGGGAGCUCCCAUCAUUCCUAUCUCGGCCCAGCUGAAGUACAACAUCGAGGUCGUGUGUGAGUACAUAGUGAAGAUGAUCCCAGUUCCCGUCAGAGACUUCAUCUCCGAGCCCAGACUCAUCGUCAUCAGAUCUUUUGACGUGAACAAGCCCGGCUGUGAGGUGGACGACCUGAAAGGAGGCGUGGCCGGAGGGAGUAUCCUGAAGGGAGUGCUCAAGGUGGGUCAGGAGAUCGAGGUGCGGCCAGGUAUCGUCUCCAAAGACCACGAAGGGAAGCUGAUGUGCAAACCCAUCUUCUCCAAGAUCGUCUCUCUGUUUGCGGAGCACAACGACCUGCAGUACGCUGCACCAGGAGGCCUUAUCGGUGUGGGCACUAAGAUCGACCCGACUCUGUGCCGAGCGGAUCGUAUGGUCGGUCAGGUGCUGGGCGCCGUCGGAGCGCUGCCAGAGAUCUUCACAGAGCUGGAGAUCUCCUACUUCCUGCUCAGGAGGCUGCUGGGAGUCCGCACAGAGGGAGACAAGAAGGCUGCCAAGGUCCAGAAGCUGUCUAAGAACGAGGUUUUGAUGGUGAACAUCGGCUCGUUAUCGACAGGCGGCCGCGUCAGCGCCGUGAAGGCCGAUCUGGCCAAGAUCGUCCUCACCAACCCCGUCUGCACAGAGGUCGGAGAGAAGAUCGCCCUGAGUCGACGUGUGGAGAAACAUUGGCGUCUGAUUGGAUGGGGGCAGAUCAGGAGGGGCGUGACCAUCACACCCACCGUGGACGACGACUGAGGAGAGAGCGUCUCCGUAGCAACGCUCCCAUCAGCUGGACAUCACAACCAUCACUCUCUUCUCGGCUUCUUUUCGUUGCUUUUUAGUUUUGUUUUUUCCCACCAGGAGGAAGGAGUAACAGGACACGCCUCCUCCUCGCUCCGCUCCUCUUCCUCCGCAGCCACACGAGGAGGUCGGACGUCGAGACUUUCUGCCUGUUUUCUUUUCCUGCAGAAGAAGAAGAGCAGAGGAGAGGAGGCCCUUUAAACUAUCAUAAGAACCCUCCAGAGGAGGUCCAUUCAGUGCAGAACAUCCUGUGCUGUCCGCAGAUUUCACUCAGAUCUAAUAAAAUAAAUUUGGAAGAAA